AUGGCCGUGGAGCUGAAGGCAAAGAUGCCAAAGGUCUCCAAAGGUGCCAAAGAUGGUAAAGAUAGUAAAGAUGGCAAAGGCAAACCCAAAGGACCAAGCACAAAAGAGCGCCAAAGUUUCUUCCAGGACGCUAAAGGAGAUUACGAACAAGCCAAAACGAUCUGUGUUCGAGGUGGACACAAGAAACUCAAGGCUGAACCAGAGCAGUUCUCCACUGGGAGGAAUGGUUUCAUGGCGAGCAACAAGGCGGUGGUCGAUGUUGGUCCAGUACCGCUGACAUUGCCGAGCAGCCCAAUCUGCCUGUGA